CUUUUCUAAGACAUCGACAUCUCACUCCACUAUGCGCACCUCCAUCAUCAUCCUCGUUACUGCUCUUUUGGCCGCUAUCUCAGUUGACGCUAUUGAUAGGAGAUUGGACUAUAAGCUUGCUAAGGGUCAAACCGUUGAUCAAUUUUGUACUAAAUGGAAUGCUGAUUGUACCAGCACAACGCUGGUGCCGCUGUUGGCUCUCUUUGCGAGGCCGGCCCGUUCAAAAAUGAAGCACAAGCGUACUGCGUUGCAACUGUGGUUAAAGACUACACCACUAAACUCGCCAAACAGAUUGGUGCAACUCCUUAUUAAUCAACAGUUAGCUGUAAGCUAAUCAAAUUACCAUACAUUAUUGUUCGGUUAAAAUAAAUUUGGUUGAAAUAAUAAACAAGAACAAAGUGUCUCAAUGUUUUAACGUCGCUUUGGAGG